CACCGCGGGAAAACCAAAACCAAUCCGCUAUUUUGUUUACCGCGGCCCACUUUCUCCGCCACUAUAAAAUCCCCAUUUUCCCUCCCUCCCUCCCCACACUGUCUCUCUCUCAUAAUCUGUCAAGCAAGAGACGUAAGAGAAACAGCUUAUUCCUUCCUCCCACCGCCCCGCUACUGCCACAUUACACACUCUAGAAGCUUUAAGCACGCACCAGACCUCGAAUUUGCGAUCAUGGCGACCCCGAAGCUCGGACGAAUGCCCAGCAUGAGGGAGCGCAUGGAGGACACUCUCUCCGCUCACCGCAAUCAGCUCGUUUCUCUGCUCUCCAGGUACGUGGAUCAAGGGAAAGGGAUUCUGCAACCGCAUAACCUGAUCGACGAGCUCGAUAACAUCGUCUGCGACCCGGAGGCCAGGGAGACGCUGCGGAACGGGCCCUUCAGCGAAGUCCUCAAAACUGCGCAGGAAGCCAUAGUUCUGCCUCCAUUCGUGGCGAUUGCAAUUCGGCCGAGGCCCGGUGUUUGGGAAUAUGUGAGGGUUAAUGUGCAUGAGCUCAGUGUGGAUCAGUUGAGCGUCUCCGAGUACCUUCGAUUCAAAGAAGAAUUGGUGGACGGGCAGGCGAAUGAUCCCUAUGUUCUGGAGCUGGAUUUGGAGCCGUUCAACGCUAGCUUCCCUAGACCCACCCGUUCUUCGUCAAUUGGGAAUGGGGUUCAGUUCCUCAAUCGUCACCUCUCUUCAAUCAUGUUCCGUAACAAGGAAUCGCUGGAGCCACUGCUCGAAUUCCUGCGGUCGCACUCGUAUAAAGGACACGCCCUUAUGUUGAAUGAUAGGAUUCAUAGUGUAUCGAGGCUCCAAUCGGCGCUUGCUAAGGCAGAAGAUAACAUCUCCAAGCUCCCACCUGACACGCCAUACCAUGAGUUUGAAUAUGCGAUACAGGGAAUGGGGUUCGAGCGAGGCUGGGGCGACACUGCGGAGCGAACAAUGGAGAUGAUGCAUCUUCUGUCGGAUAUCUUGCAGGCUCCUGAUCCAGCAAGUUUAGAGACAUUCCUGGGAAGAGUACCCAUGGUGUUCAAUGUGGUUAUCUUGUCUCCACACGGAUACUUUGGCCAAGCUAAUGUUUUAGGGAUGCCAGACACAGGUGGACAGAUUGUUUAUAUUUUGGAUCAAGUUCGGGCGUUGGAGAGUGAAAUGCUUCUGAGGAUAAAGAAGCAAGGGCUGGAUUUCAAGCCUAGGAUUCUGAUUGUGACCAGGUUGAUACCUGAUGCAAAAGGUACAACAUGCAAUCAGCAUAUGGAAAGAAUCAGUGGAACGGACUAUACCCAUAUCCUUAGAGUGCCCUUCAGAUCGGAGAAUGGUAUUCUUCGUAAAUGGAUCUCCAGGUUCGACGUGUGGCCAUACUUGGAGACCUUUGCUGAGGAUGCGGCCAGUGAAAUUGUGGCAGAGUUGCAGGCAAUUCCAGAUUUUAUCAUUGGUAACUACAGUGAUGGCAAUCUUGUUGCGUCUUUGCUGGCUUACAAAAUGGGUGUUACACAGUGCACCAUCGCCCAUGCAUUGGAGAAAACAAAAUAUCCAAAUUCAGAUCUCUACUGGAAAAAGUUCGAUGAGAAAUACCACUUCUCCUGUCAAUUCACUGCCGAUCUUUUAGCCAUGAACAAUGCGGACUUCAUCAUUACCAGCACAUACCAAGAGAUUGCAGGAACGAAGAACACUGUGGGACAAUACGAAAGCCACACUGCAUUCACCCUUCCUGGAUUGUACAGGGUUGUUCAUGGUAUCGAUGUCUUCGAUCCCAAGUUCAACAUUGUCUCGCCUGGAGCUGACAUGACGAUCUACUUCCCAUACUUUGAAAAGAAGAAAAGACUCACAGCACUUCACGUGCCAAUAGAGAAGAUGUUGUUCGAUCCAGAGCAAACUGACGAGUGCAUUGGUACUUUAGACGAUCGGUCGAAGCCCAUACUCUUCUCCAUGGCGAGGCUAGACCGUGUGAAGAACAUAACUGGAUUGGUCGAGUGCUAUGGGAAGAACACCAAACUGAGGGAGCUGGUGAACCUCGUUGUGGUUGCUGGUUUCAUCGAUGCCAAGAAGUCGAAAGACAGGGAAGAGAUCGAUGAAAUCGUAAAAAUGCAUGAUCUGAUGAGCAAGUACAGCUUGAAAGGACAGUUCCGUUGGAUCACAUCUCAGACAAAUAGAGCUAGAAAUGGGGAGCUGUACCGAUAUGUAGCAGACACCAGGGGAGCUUUCGUCCAGCCCGCUUUCUAUGAAGCUUUCGGCCUUACAGUUGUGGAGGCAAUGACUUGCGCCCUCCCAACUUUUGCCACUGUCCAUGGCGGUCCUGCAGAGAUCAUCGAGCAUGGCGUGUCCGGCUUCCACAUCGAUCCGUAUCACCCUGAUCAGACUGCUGAACAAAUGGCGGAUUUCUUUGAACGAUGCAAGGAGGAUCCUAGCUACUGGAACAAAAUCUCCGACGGAGGACUCCAGCGAAUUUACGAGAGGUACACUUGGAAGAUCUACUCUGAAAGGCUGAUGACGCUUGCUGGCGUAUAUGGUUUCUGGAAGCAUGUAUCCAAGCUCGAACGCCGAGAGACCAGAAGAUACCUGGAGAUGUUCUACAUUCUCAAGUUCCGCGGUCUGAUGAAGACUGUUCCGUUGGUGACCGAUGAGCAUCAUUAGGCUACACGCUUUGGGAGAGGUUGAAAGAGCAUCCAUGACCAGCAGGCUGCUGCUAGUACUAAGAAAUAAUAGUCUUUGGGUCGAUGCUUUUUCUCCCAUUUCAAUAGCUAUAGCUAAGCAUACGUGCCUUUGCGUCGGUGAAAUAAAUCUGCGAGACAAGUCGCAGUUAUGUGUUAAGGAUAACCACGGCAAUAGUUUCCUUAUAUGUACAUAUUACUACGCGUCUGUGUCAUGGCCAUGGGAUCGAAUGUGUGUUGUUCGAAGUUCAUCGAACACUAUGUAUAGUGUACUAUGUAGCAUGAAGCUUAAGGUUUGAGUAAAUUCUUUCCUUAGUAACUUCUGUUGUCAACGGAGAGAAAGAAGGGCAAUGAGCAACAAGAUAGGUGGGAAUCCUGCUUCCAAGCUCAGACGUUCUGAAUCCUCAAAGCAUUCAUGGAUGUAUCUUCUCCGAACAACAACUCAUAUGGACGGAACAAAGAGCAGCGAUGAAG